CCUCCCAUUGCUGUUCUAGGUUUUCGCUCAUUCUCCAUAUCGAUUGUUCAGGGGAACCCACUGGCAAGAGACAGGGCCCAGCGUUCUGUCUUCCUCGGCUCCCGAUAGUGAGCAACUCCCCCUCAUGAUGGCCCCUCUCUUACAGCACACCAGGACCUAGAAUGAACUGCAGCAGGACCCCGGACUUUGUCCUGGCAGGGCUGUCCAGGGGCCCAGGGAACAGGCCAGUCCUCUUUGGUGUCUUCCUAGUACUCUACCUGGUAAGCCUCUUAGGAAACGCGCUCCUUCUGCUGGCCAUCGGAGCUGACGUGCGCCUCCACACUCCCAUGUACUUCUUCCUCAGCCAGCUCUCCCUGGUGGAUCUCUGCUUCACUUCCACCACAGCCCCCAAAAUGCUUGAGGAUCUAUGGACCAGCCACGGAUCCAUCUCUUUCUCUGGAUGUCUGUCCCAGUUAUAUUUCUUUGCUGUUUUUGCUGAUAUGGACAGCCUGCUUUUGACUGCCAUGGCUAUCGACCGCUAUGCUUCCAUCUGCCAUCCUCUGCACUACCCACUGCUAAUGACACCUUGUAGAUGUGGGCUGCUGGUGGGUGGGUUGUGGGGGGUGGCCCAUUUUGUCUCUCUGGUGCACAUCUUGUUUCUAUCCCAGUUGUAUUUCUAUACUAACCAAGAGAUUCCCCACUUUUUCUGUGAUUUUGGUCCACUUUUUCGUCUUUCUUGCUCAGAUACCCACCCUAAUGAGAUCCUAAUGAUGCUUCUGACCGGAUUGUUAGGAAUUGGCCCUCUCCUCUGCAUCAUAAGCUCUUAUACCCAUAUCUUCCAGGCUGUGGCUAGGGUUCCAUCGGCACAGGGGAAAAAGAAAGCCCUGGCCACAUGCAGCUCCCACCUCUCCAUGGUCAUCCUCUUCUACAGCACAGUCUUUGCCACCUACCUGAAGCCACCAUCAACCUCUCGCUCUGUGGGGGCGCUGGCUGCUGCUGUCAUGUAUACCCUGGUAACUCCCACUCUCAACCCUUUCAUUUAUAGUCUGAGAAACAAGGAUGUGAAGAGUUCACUGAAAAGGGUUCUGGGCAUAGAGGGUUCAUGGGAUUAUGACUAA